AAAAUGACACAAUCUAAUUAUCAAACUAUUAAAUCCUUUGUUUUUUUUUUUUUGAAAAUGAACCCUAGCCAUUUUCUGAUAGCCCAAAACCCAACAAAUUCCAUAAACCUCAAAGUUAACCAAUGCCUCCUCAAACUCUUCACGACUACCUUAGUUUAACAGAAAAAACAACCAAACAACAAUGUUAAUCCGAUCACUCUCUCCAUCAAAACUGAAAAAACUACUACUCCCACUUUCCCUUACACCAUUUACACACAAAAAUUCAAUACUCAACUCUUCUCCUCCAAUUCUUGAAAAUGUUUCUACCUUAAACCCUCCUAAAACCCUUGUCCCACCUUUCUUGUUUAGCUUGAGAAACCUCUCAACACCUUCAAAGAUUCAAUCUUUAUCACUUUCUAGAGAUGGGAAUUUUGAGGAAUCCAUUUCUGAUGUUGUUUGCCCUGGUUGUGGUGUUAAAAUGCAAGAUUUUGACCCAAAACAACCAGGGUAUUUCAUCAAGCCUUGUGUUAAAGGCACAAAUUAUAAGACACCCAUUAACAAGAAUUCAAUUCUUGAUGAGCCAGAAGUAUCAUUUUCCCUCAAAAGGGGUUUGCUUAAUGGGCAUGAAAAUCAAGAAAAUGUUGAAAAACCAGUUCAGAUAGGUGAAAAGCCAGUUGUUUGUGCUAGAUGUCAUAGUUUGAGGCAUUAUGGGAAGGUUAAGGACCCGAGUGUGGAGAAUUUAUUGCCUGAUUUUGAUUUUGAUCAUACUGUUGGGAGGAGGUUGAUGUCUAGUAGUGGGGCGAGGGCUGUUGUUUUAAUGGUGGUUGAUGCAUCUGAUUUCGAUGGAUCGUUUCCUAGGAAGGUAGCUCAGUUAGUUUCUAGGACUAUUGAAGAGAAUUCGCGAGCGUGGAAAGAGGGGAAAUCGGGGAAUGUACCUAGAAUGGUAUUGGUAGUUACAAAGAUUGAUCUUUUACCUAGCUCAUUGUCACCUACUAGGCUUGAACAUUGGGUUAGAACAAGGGCAAGAGAGGGUGGGGCGAUUAGGUUGACAAGUGUACAUAUGGUUAGUGCAGUGAGGGAUUGGGGAGUGAAGAAUUUGGUUGAUGAUGUAGUGGGACUGGCUGGGUCAAGAGGGCAUAUUUGGGCAGUAGGAGCACAAAAUGCUGGGAAGAGCACGUUGAUCAAUGCAAUAGGAAAGUGUUCUGGUGGGAAUGUAAGUCAUUUAACGGAGGCACCGUUGCCGGGGACUACAUUGGGGAUACUGAGGGUAGAAGGGGUGCUUCCAGGGAAUGCCAAAUUGUUUGACACUCCAGGGCUUUUACAUCCCCAUCAGAUUUCGACAAGGUUGACUAGGGACGAGCAGAAGCUAGUUCAUAUAAGUAAAGAGUUGAAACCAAGGACAUAUAGAAUCAAGGUAGGACAUUCAAUUCAUAUAGGUGGGUUGAUGCGAUUGGACGUGGAAGAAAUAUCUGCUGAUUCUAUGUAUGUUACAGUUUGGGCAUCUCCGCUGAUUCCACUUCAUAUGGGGAGGACAGAGAAUGCCAGCACAAUGCUGGAAGAACAUUUUGGGCGUCAGCUGCAGCCGCCAAUUGGAGAGGGACGACGUGAGGAGCUAGGGAAAUGGUUGAAGAGGGAAUUUCAUGUGCGGGGAAAUAUGUGGGAUUCAAGUUCUGUUGAUAUUGCUGCUUCUGGUCUUGGUUGGUUUGCCAUUGGACUAAAGGGUGAGUCUAAAUUAGGUGUGUGGACAUAUGAUGGUGUUGAUGUCAUUGUUCGCAAUGCAUUACUCCCAAACAGAUCCUAUGAUUUUGAAGUUGCUGGCUUUACUGUUUCAAAAAUUGUUUCCACUGCUGACCGCACCUCAAAUAAGCAGCGCCAUAAAGAGAAGAAGAGGAAAUUGAGCGACUCUACUGCAGAAAACCCCACUGAACCAUCAACUGUCAAUGAGGCUUCAACUACUUGCUAACUGUGGUUGCAUUUACGAUCUGGCAAAAUCUUACUCAAAGACGAUACUUUACCUUCUCGAAGGAAAUGUACUUUGCUUAUCUCGGCACUGGAAUGCAGACCGAACGCGGGAAUAAUUGCCUACGUUACCUCACCAGGCCCUGGAUAAGCUGAUGCAUUUCUACAAUGAUUUUGCUUCCCUACAAAGACGAAACGCGGCAUCAAAACCAGAGAAAUGCAUUAAGCAAAGGUAUUCAAGGCCCACUAAUGGCAUUGGAGACCCCUUUUUCUGUGAUGGUUGUAUCCCCUUUAUGCUGUUCUGGCCUUCUUUAUACACAAAUUUUGGCGUUCAUUGAUGCCAUAAUGUUUCAUAACGUAAAUGAAGCUUCAUUAUACACAAAUUUUAGUGUUCAUCGAUGCCAUUACGUAAGUGAAGCUUCAUUAUAAACCAAUUUUGGUGUUCAUCGAUGCCACAAUGUCUCAUUAUGUAAAUGAAGCUCUAAAUGCUGAAGGAUACAUGUAUGUAACACAAACCAAAUUUUCGUUCUGCUCUACCAUAUAGAGAUUUGUUCAAGAUUUGAAGUUUGUUCUGGAUUUGAAGUUCAUGGAUUCUGAAGUUAAAUUUA